AUGGCUGCAACGGCGACCCACGAUGAGCCUCCAACCGUCCGCUGCGACUCGCCCUCGCCCAAGAGUACCCCGUCCAAGGCCGUGGGAGGCAGGCAGGGAAUGGCCGACCGGUGCCUGUCGACGGGCUCUUCGACUUCUCAUGCUUCCAGCACCGAUGGCUCUUAUCGUGACUCUCUCGGCAGUAGCGCGUAUUCGCGUCAUUCGUCUGCCAGUUAUGGGUCGAGGCGAUCGGACAUCAGCCUGGGGUCCUCUCUGGGGUCCUCUCGAUACUCUACCGGAAGCUUUGCUGAUCGACCCUCGAUCAAACGACGGGGCUUCUCGAGACCCGAGGGUACAUACUUUGCAGCGAGUGCCAAACAUAGGGAGAGCGUCUUGAGUUUGGGAAGCAUUGCACACCUCCAGUACUACUUCGCUAGAACCGGGUUGUUGGAUGGAAAGGGCGCACAGCUUGCCAGAAAGAGAAAUCCAAGGGCCACACUCGACUUAUCGUCGCUUGACACUGCAUCCCUCCUCCUCUCGCCCGUACUUCCCGGCUCCGAUGCGGAUUCGUCAUAUGCUUCCAUGCGCAGCAGCCCAGACCUCAAACCUCAGCAUAUCGGAGGCGGGCCCAUCACGGAAUCACCCGUCGAUGACACCGAGGGCUUCUACUCAGACGAGAUCUCGGAGCCUGAUCUCUCCGUGCUGCCUCCAACCACCAGCACCUACAAGCAACGACAGAGAGCGGUAUCGAAACCGCCGACACUCGAGCAGCUGAGGACGAAGCUGACCAGGGCGUUGGACACUGCGCCAGGAACACCACGGAAACCUGCUACACCAACCCCCAACACUCCACGGAGAACGGCAGUGGCAACGUCAAUGCAGUCUCCUGCCCGAUCACCCAAGACGGGGCCAGGCUGGUUCGAGAUUCAAGGCAUGCAGAUCCUCGAUCACAUGACGCUAGCCAUCCGCGCUGCCAAGGUCUACUACACGUCGCACGAGCACCCCGAACGACUCGACACCAUACGGUCGGAAAAGGAGAUCCGCUCCGAAUUACUAUCCGUCAUGGAAGUCCUCAAGCACAUGGCAACGCGAAACUUUGCCGGAGGCAUGCGCGAUGAUGAGCAGGACGCAAUGACUUCUUGGAUCCAGGGAAUCCGCCAGCUGCUCGCAAGGGAGGAUGAGAUGGCGGAUGCCGAUAAGGCAGAGAGGGCAGGCUGGAAAUGGCUCAAGGGCGACUGGACUGGCAGGGAAAUUGAGCGUGAGCUUGCCUUCCUGGCUGCGAUGGACACAGAAUCCGACCCGCUACCCGCAUAUACCCCCGUCGAUGAAGCCGCCAAGUUGCCCACGCCAUUCCUCGAGAGUUUUCAGAACGGCGUGCGCUUGGUCAAGCUCCACAACGCGGCGGUGCAGAAAUAUGGUCGCCGCUUCGGCUCCAUCGGUACAUUCCAUACCGACACGCAGAAGCCCUACAGAUGCAUAGAGAACCUGCGCUACUGGAGCAAGGCAGCGGAGCUGCGAUGGGAGGUCAUACUUAAGUUUGAUGUCUUGGGUGUUGUCUACAACAACAACCCUCAGGUCUGGGUUGACUUCGAGGAGGCGAUAUGGAAAUGGUGCCGGAAAGUGCGUGAAGAAAUCACUGCUGAGCUGGUGAACUGAGUAGCACCACCAAAUUCUUCGUUCUGCCAUUACACACAUAUAUGUAAUGCGCUAAUGAUUUAUGCUUCGACUUUUCGGAGAGAGAUGGAUUCUUCGUUUGUUGAGGACGGACAGACAUUAUUGCAUAGUUUCAUACGAUGCUCGGCUCGGCUCGGCAUGAAACAUUAAUGAUACACUUUAUAAGAGAAAGCAAGAAAGAAAGGAGGAAGGAGGAAAGUCAUCCAGGACGGUCCUGAGAGGAGAGGAAGGUGCUUAUUCAGCACUCACUAGAGUUUUACACCCAUAUACCCCCAUUUCCCCAACCAGCAUAGUAUCGAGUUUGUAGUAGCUACUCUAUUUUUCCUGCAAAGGGAGUAACACCUGUUGAAGGACGAUCACACAAUGCAUUUUGUUCGAGAUUAUAAGAACGUACGAUGUUUGGUAGCCGACUGUUGUGAUACGUUG